AUGUAUUCAUUCCUCACCAAGGCUGGUGACAACGGCGCUGAAGUUUUUGAUGAUGUUGAACAUGCCUCCACUUCUGGGGCCUCAGCGGAGCCAAAUGUUGGGAAACAGGAAAUAAAAGCCACACAGCCGCACUCUGCCAAUGGAAUCCAGCACCGAAUGUCUGGACAGCCCGUUCCGAAUAUCGACAGAUUUUCUUGGUGGGUGAGAUUCCUCAUUGAUCUCGAAUCCACGGACGGCACACAGCUCCCAAGUCAAGGUAACGAGUCUCAUCACGAAUCAUUGGGAUGGACCAAGUCACGACAAAAACCUCCCACCCCCCGGCCCUGUAUGCAGGCGAAAUCGGCCGAAUAUCAAGGCAAAUAUGCUGGCUCCAUUGGAUUCCGGAUGGGCUCCGCGCAUACAGUCGAUAUAACAAUUCCUCACAAACCAUUGGCGUGCAGGUCGUAA